CGCGCCCGCAACGAAAUACGACCGAAAUUCUAAUCCAAAGGAACCAUGAAGUUUCUUCGGAAUAAGUUAUUUCGGACGGGUACCAUAGACUAUGUUCGUGAAUGAAUGAAAGAUGAGAGGUCUUUUAUUAGACACUUUUAAAUUAGAAAAAAAAUGAAGAGGUAUACUCCGGAUAAAAUAAAAUGUACAGUCGUUUAUAUUUAAAUGUAUGGAAAUUAUAAACUUUUAAAAUUAGUAGUAUUAUAUGUCAAAAGGAAACGUCUAUUUGACUAAAAAAAUGGCAGAAAUAGAAAUUGGAAUAACGGUACUGCGUGUAACAAAUAUUUUCGUUUUUAUUUUUUUUUAUAAUCUUUUAAUUUAUAAAAGAUGAGUAAUCCCACUGUGGAACAAGUAGAUACCCUUCUGACAUUUCUAGAAGAGCACCAGGAGUUAGCUCGUGGCCGCUGUAGAAAUGCUGAAGGGCGAACAAGAUCCAACCAAUUAUGGGUUCGUCUCACAGACGAACUCAAUGCAUUGGGUGGAUGUACUAAAACUGUGAAGCAGUGGCAGAAGGUAUGGGCUGACAAAAAAUAUUUAACAAAAAAAGCUGCUGCUGCUGCUCGAAGGUCUGCCAGAGCCACUGGGGGUGGGCCAUCAUCUGCUGAGCCUUUAAACCCCAUACAAAAAAGAAUAUUGGCUGUUAUGGGAGAAGGAUUUGGGGAACCUCAGUCGGAUGCAUGUGUACCUGCAUUUCCAGAGGUGCCCAGCUCAGCAGAUGAAGCUCCAUCACAAAAUAUAGAGCAGCAACAGCAGCAAAAUCCCCAGCAACCGAUGCAACAUCACGGGUUCAUAUUUUCUAAUGCAUAAAUAUAAUUAAGACAAGUUGCCUUAGUUAUAUUUGUACAUUUUCAAAACAUUUCCGGCAUUUCAUAAUGUUGAUUGAAACUAUUUAGAAUGAUCAAGUAUGUAUUUAUAAAUUUUAUGUUAAUUGAUAUGUUGUGGUGAUGACCAAAAAGAUGAAUGGACUGUGUGAAAGAUGACGUCCAUAAGAGUGCACUUAGGUGUAAUAAAUAGAGAAAAUAGUUGGUAAGACAUUUGAUGACCAGCGCUGCAUUAUCCAUUAGUUAGUACAGGCAACUGCCAUAUUCAGUAUAUUUGUAUUUCUAAUUUUUAUAUGUAGAAAAAUAUUAUAGCAGUUUUUUGUGAGCCAGAUUUGCAUUGCCUGGGAGUCCUGACAUGGAUUUUUCAGAUUGCUGAUGAUCAACUUUAAAGAACGUACUAAAAGCAUGGAAAUAAAUUAUUUAUUUUAUUAUAAGUAACACUGCUGAAGAAAAAGAUGAUAGUGAUGAUAUUAUCUUUAUAAUAUAUCUGUCUUCCAAAUGCCUCUUAUUAUUUCAUAAAUUCAAUUUAACUUUUACAAUUUUAUGUAUACUCAAUUCAAUAUAUACACAGUUUUUCAAUGUCAACUAAGAAGUAAAGAUAAGACAGUACUAACAAAUAACACUAUUACUUAUACUGUAUUAUUGAUUAAAAAAAUUAUAUCAUAAAUAAAUUAUUGUUAUAUGAAAAUAUUUCUGUAAAUAUUAAGAUUAUUAGUUGUGGGGGCUUAUAGUCCUAAUCACUAGUAUAUUUCUAGUCAUCAAGUCUGCUAUUAGUACCAAUCAUACAUACAGAAAACAAUAAUGAUAAUAAUUAUUAAAAAAAAAAAACUU